AUGGGAGAAUUUGACCUCAUUUCCGUGAAUUCUCAGGUCGGAUGUACAGGGCCAAUUGAAACCUUCUAUAGUAAUGGCGGAUUGGUGCGAACCACCACUGACCAUAUUCUUGUUCCAAGAAAUUAUGCUUCUUUUAUCUUGCAUAGUGCUGUCAUUCCCGACUGCUGUAAGAAUAUGUCUUACCAUCUUCCGAUUUCUUGUUCGAUUAAUGUAGACUUGGUCACUAAAGUUCCAAAUUUAUCAAUGAAGCAACUUUGCUGGAAAAACGUAAAAUACGGCAAUGUUUUGCAGAAGUACCAAAAUGCGCUUGGCACUGCCUUACAGAAUGAUCCUGUAUUUUCGUCAGAGGCGAUUACUCCAAAUGCUAUCGAACAGUUAGUUGAUCAAACCGUUAGUCACUUGAAAAUUACUGCAGAUAAGACUAUUCCAACUAGAGUAUUUAAGCCUGUGAGAAAACGCUACUGGAAUCCGACACUUACGUCUCUAAAUCGAGAAGUUAAAACAUGUUGGAGAAAAUGGCUUUAUGAAGGCAAACCUAGAGAUAAUAACAAUCAGUUCUUUAAAGACUACAAAAAAGCUAAAUAUAAUUUCCGCAAGGCUCAACGCCAAGCCAUUCAUGAGAAUGAGGUAAACGGCUUUGUGAAAUUGGAGAGACAACAUGACAUUGAAAGAAGCAAAUUCUACAACAGGAUUUCUAAAUUGAAGAAACCAAAACGGGUAAAUAACGGAGAAGUCUUAGAAAUUGAUGGUAAUCGUGUAAGCAACGAUUCUGAGGUGCUUGAUGUGUGGCGGCAGCACUACUGUAAUUUAUAUACUCCAAAAGACAAUCCAAACUUUGACAAUGACUUUAAGAAAUUUGUUGAAAACAAACUUGUGCAAUUUCAUACGGAUAGUUACGGAAAUGAUGACCCUCUAGAUAAUCCGUUUCAAUUUGAUGAGGUUGCUGACGUAUGUAGCAAGCUCCCAAAUGGGAAGGCAAGUGGUCCCGACCAACUCUCGUAUGAACAUGUCAAAUUUGGAGGAAAUUUACUUUUUGAAGUUUUAACAAAGAUUUUUAAUGCUGUUAGAGAAUUGGAGUAUGUUACGGGUGCAUGGAGUAUUGGCAACAUUUUUUCCCUAUUUAAAGGUGGAAAAAAGAACAGAUUCAAUAAAGAAAACUAUAGAGGUAUAACUUUGUUAAAUAUAGUAGGCAAAAUAUUUGAACGGUUAAUACUAAAUCGAUGGAUUCCUAAAUUUGAAACUAUGGGUAUUCCAAAUAAUUACCAAUUUGCUUAUCAAGCGGACAAAAGUUGCACCUUGGCAAGUUUUGUGUUGCAAGAUACGAUCAAUCAUAACGUCGAGAGAGGAAGUAAAGUUUACUGCUGUUUCUUGGAUUCAAGUAAGGCAUUCGAUUCCGUAUGGUUGGACGGUUUGUUCUAUAAACUCUUCCUACUGGGUAUGAAUGGUAAAUCCUGGAGAAUCUUAAGGAACUGGUAUAGUAAAAUGCACUGUUAUGUUUCCUUAAAUGGGCAAAUGUCGUCUGUGUUCCCAGUAUUGCAAGGUGUAAGGCAAGGUGGCGUUCUUUCUCCGUGGCUGUUUCUAUGUUAUAAUAAUGAUAUUCCAGAUGUACUCCAAUCAGCGGACUAUGGACUAAAUGUGCAAGAUAUCAAUUGCAGUUCAGUCUUAGUUGCAGACGACGUUACUUUAAUAUCUCUUAGAAUUAAAGGUCUUCAAAGCCUACUUGAUAAAAUGGAAAUGUACAGUUAUCAAUGGAGAUUCGAGUUUAAUCCCAGCAAAACGACAAUUGUAACCUUCGGAGAGACUACACAAAUGCAUUUGCUCAAAAAGCCGUUAAGAAGUUGGUAUAUUAAUGGUGUUAAAAUACCUGAAAAACCUUCAUGGGAACAUGUUGGUAUAAUGCUGAGCGGCAAUUUUUCAAAUUACGAGAGAUCAAAAAUUGCUGCAAGUAAAGGAAAACAGGCUGCUGGUAUGCUAAUGAACGCUGGAGUACGACCAGGUGGUAUAAAUCCGAUUUGCGGUAUGAACUCGUGGAAAACAUUUGGUUUACCUUCAAUGUUGUAUGGCUCUGAGGUUUGGUCAGCGCAAACAAACACUGAGUUGGAUCUGCUUGACCGAGCUGGAGCGUUUGCAGCUAAAAGGCUACAAGGUCUUGCACCAACAACAGCUUCAGCAGGUGCCUUGGGAACAGUUGGCCUGUGGUCGAUUACUGGGUUUAUUGAUAAGAAGAAACUUUUAUUCUUAGGAACUUUAUGUCGCUCAUCGCCGUCGCAACUGCACAAGAAAAUCUUUGUUUAUAGACUGUUUUCAUUUAUUUAUUAUAAUGAACUUUCUUCAGUCGGAUACGUCGCAGAUAUUGUUGAAGUGUUAAGGAAAUAUGAAUUAUAUCACUAUCUGGAAGAUUACAUUAAGACAGGUGUGUUUCCAAAUAAAUGGUUGUGGAGGAACUAUGUUGUUAAAGCCAUCGAUGAACAUGAAACAGAAUGCUGGAAAGACAAAAUGCAGUGCAAGCCAAACUUGAAACACCUGCGCGAAAACCACCAAAAAUUGCAGCCUAUUGUGCACUGGGAAGUUGCUAUGUGCUACCCCAAGGAUCGGGAAAUACUUUCUAAUUUAGUAAAUGUACUGGUUGGAAAUGUACCAUCAAUAGUUAUGAAGGCUGUGGAAGAACACGAAACGCACUACACAUGUAGGCUUUGUGACAAACAAUUGUAUGAUGUUCCAUAUCAUUUUAUUAUGGAUUGCCAAAGAACAUCCCAAGAACGCGAUAAAUUAUGGGACAACCUAACAGAUCAGCUUUCCAUUCAACAAAUUUGCUACUUGCACAAUCUUUGUGAGGAGGACGUGUAUUCCACUCUUUUAAGUGGCAAUCAUCCAAUGUUCAGAAAUGACAAAGAGGAACUUUAUCUCUUUCUAAUUAUUUCCGCCAGAGGAAUUAUGAAUAUAUUUCUGAAAAUUAACAACCUUUUAGAUUAAAGUGUAAGUGCUGGUUAAAGCACUGUUAUAAGUAUAUAUAGUAUUUGUGCAUGUGUAAUAAUAUUUUAGUGUUAAAAUUAUAUAUAGUUAAAUAAUUUUAUUAGAUUUUUAUAGGACAAACUAACUGUACUUUUUUAUGAAAGUGUAAGUAGUAAACUUACAGGCUCUUCUGAAUUGGAGAAAAAAAUCUAUCUAUCUAUCUAUCUAUCUAUCUAUCUAUCUAUCUGGCGACAACAUGGCGGACAGUCGUCUAUUUUCAAGCUCUGUUUGUGAGGAUAUUGUAAACACUGGCAUUCAAUCAAUAAGCGUUAAAUAUCCCAUUAAUAUUGAGAAGACACGUUCUGGUCAAAAAUUAAAGUGGUUAGGAAGUUUGGAAGAGUUCAAAUCAUUCAUUACAGCCGAAUUAAAAUUGGCUGGUGAGUGGUCAUUUGUAAACAUCAAUGGCGGCUUUUACGUUUUAAAAUGUGAAGCUGUAACUAUCUCCUUUUAUCCGACCACAAAAACAGUUAACGUGCAAGGUGUGAUGAAAGAUGUUGUCAAAAAGAAUUUAUCGGACUUAUAUUUACUGAGUCAAUAUUCAGCAGAAAGUAAUAUUUCUGUGCAAGAUCAACAACAAAUUAAUGUCGAAGACGAAGUUGAUAGCGUGGGUGAAACCGAAUGCGAAGGUCGAGUGAAUUCCGUUUGCUCUAUUGAUGAUAAAGGAAGCUGUGAUCUCGGUUCUGUUGAUGAUGCGGCAGCAAAUGCCGAUUCUCAAUUGGGUUAUGAUAAAACCUCGCAAUUCAACCACACUUGUCAUGAUUGUCGACAAAAUAAAUUGGUUAUUGAAUCGUUACUUCACAGGUUAGAGAUUCUAGAGAACAAAGUAAACUCAAGAUCUCAAGAAAUCUCUUACGAUAAUCUACUCUCCAGCUACAAAAUUAUGAAGGAGGAGCGAGACAGUCUAUUGACAACUUUAAGGUUGUUGAUGAAAGACUUCAAGUCAUCUGAAGAAAAUCAUACUAAUUUUAAUGAAGCUAGUAAACCGAAACAAAAUGGCGGAUCAUCUACCGAAGGCGAAGCGUUAAACGGCAAAACUAAAAUUGCAUCUCGUAAAAGGAAUUUGAGUACUAAAUCUCCAUCACCAUCACAUACGAACACAUCAGAAGGCAACAACGGCGUAAGAAGUGAUCGCGAAGUCGAGAAAGGAAUUAAAGCUCACUCAGUACAUACAUCUGGUACAGACAGAACAGGAGGUGAUGUUUUUGUUGUGGGAGACUCCAUGAUCAAAUAUGUACAAGGAAGGAGGCUGUCAAAAAAGCAUAAGGUAACCACUAUAACCUGUCCUGGUGCCACGGUGGCUGACAUGGGUGAUUUUGUUAAACCUGUCAUUAGAAAAAAGCCCCAAAAAAUUAUUAUUCAUGUUGGCACCAACAACCUCCGACAUGACAAACCAAAACAGUUAAGCAGAAAGAUUGUUGAUUUAGCAUAUAAUAUUAAGAAGGAGCAGCCUACAGUAGAUAUAGCCAUUUCAUCUAUAAUUCAUAGAUCUGAUAAUAUAUCGCUAAACUCCAAGAUCAAUCAAGUGAAUGAUAGCUUAAAACAUCAAUGUUCUAAUUAUAACUUUGAUUUUAUUUGUAAUGACAAUUUAAAGGAGAACAUGCUAAAUGCAGGAGGCCUUCAUUUAAAUCUGAAUGGAACAAUCACUUUAGCUGCUAAUUUUAGAAAAUUUAUAAAUACUGAUUGAGAUCUAGCUGGCACAGAUACUGAAAAGAGCCAUGAUGAAUCCUCACAAUCGUACAAUCAGUCAUUUGACGAAAUUAUGUCUAGUUGUAGAGGCUUCAAAAUGGCAUCACUAAAUAUAAACAGUCUAAACAAACACAUUGACGAGUUGAAGGUAUUAAUGAUGCACAAACCCAUUGAUGUGUUUGCAAUUAAUGAAUCCAAAUUAGACCAGGAUGAUGCUAACGAUCUUAUUGCAUUAACUGGCUAUAUAGUAGAACGAAGAGAUCGUAAUAAACAUGGUGGAGGGGUCUGCGUUUAUAUUCGUAACUCAAUAAACUACAAAAGGCGCUUUGAGUUAGAAGAUCAAAAUUUGGAAAUUAUUGUAAUUGAGGUUAUAAAGCCUUAUUCUCAACCUUUUCUUAUUAUAGCGUGGUACAGACCACCGAAAAGUCCUUUACAAUGUUUUGAGCAAUUUGAGAAUCUUUACAAAACAAUUGAUAGUAAAUACAAAGAAAUUUACAUUUUAGGUGACCUGAAUUGUAAUUAUCUAUUAAAUCCCCCUGAGUGUCAUACACAACACCUUAAUAAUUUAUUAGUUAACUACCAACUGAAUCAAAUUAUUGUUGACCCAACCAGAGUAAAUAGCACUUCGCAAACAUUGAUUGAUUUAAUAAUUACUAACAAAUCUGAUUCUAUUAUCAAUUCGGGAGUUUACCCUCUGUCAAUAAGUGACCAUUAUUUAAUUUACGCAGUACGGAAAAUCGGCAUACGUAAUGGUAAACCACGAUAUAUUGAAUGUCGAAACUUUAAAAACUUUAGUGAAUCUAAGUUCAAAAAGGACCUAAAAUCUACUCAUUGGCCUAUAAUUAAUGAGUUUGAUGAUGUCAAUGAUGCAUGCGAUACAUGGAGAUCUGUUUUUAGUGAAGUGAUUGAAAAACACGCGCCUGUACGUAGUUUCAGAGUUCGUAAUAAACCUAGUCCUUGGCUUAAUUCAGAACUCAAAUAUUUAAUGAUAAAUAGAGAUAAACUGAAGAAAAAGGCUAUUUCAUCCAAUAAUUCUGAAUCUUUGUCUGCUUAUAAGCAGCAAAGAAAUUUUGUAAAUAAUAAGAUCAGAAAAGCGAAAAAGGCAUAUUUUCAAGACGAACUCAACAGAAAUGUAAAUAAUGUUAAAGAAACAUGGAAAAUUUUAAAUAAUGCGUUGGGAAAGAAAUCGGAUAACAUCGAAAUAAACACGCUGUCAUCUGACUCAGGAGAAAUCUUAACCGAGUCAUUUGACAUUGCAAAUUCGCUUAAUAAACAUUUCGUUGGAAUUGGUCCGAAAUUGGCCUCCAAUGUUCCCCUUUUAGGCAAGGUUGCAACAGCUAAGGAUUACAUGACCCAGGUUGAAUCAUCAUUUGAAUUUCAAAAGAUAGAUUCUAAAGACGUCUUUAAAUUAAUAAACAAAUUAAAUUUGCGUAAAGCUUCGGGCUGUGAUAAAAUAUCAAAUAGAUUAUUAAAAAUAUCUGGUCCUUAUAUUUAUGAAGCUUUAACAAAUUUGUUCAAUCUUUCUCUUACAACAAAUAAAUUUCCGACAAGGUGGAAAAUUGCAAAAGUCUUUCCAUUACAUAAAACAGAGGAAAGGGAUAAUGCAAAUAAUUAUAGGCCUAUUUCGGUGUUAUCUUCAAUUGCACGUCUCUUUGAGCGCCUUGUGUAUAACCAAAUGUAUGCUUAUUUAUCUAAACAUAGACUAAUCAAUACCCGUCAAUCUGGAUUCCGUUCACUUCACUCUACCAUGACAGCCUUACUGGAUAUGACAAAUCAAUGGUGUUUUAAUAUUGAUUAA